AAACUUGUAAAUUGAGUGUUUAACAUAAAAAACAAGAAAAAGAAAGAAAACAAAAACGACAACAAAAACAUUAAGAAAGGAUCCUUAAUGAAAACAAUGAAAAGGUCUUAAAGUCCUUUAAGCAACUGACUGCAUAAACUUCUUGGCAACAAGAAAAAAACAACCAAGCAACACCAAGUUACCAAACAACAAUAUAAGAGGGAAAAAAGGAAAUAAAACAUACACACACUCAUAAAUACAAACAUAAAACAAUAACAACGGUUAAUAAAUGAACAAAAAAGAAACGGAAGCAGAAAAGUGAAAUGACGAAAAAAAAGUAACGGGAAAAAAUAUUAAAUGUUUAGAAAAAUACAAACAUCCGUGAUUUGCAUAUUAAUAAACUAAACAAUAACACAACAAAAACAACAAUUUAAAAGCGGAAGUAAAAGAAAAAUACAAAAAAAUAAAUAAUUUUAAAAAGUGAAAAUAUGUUGUGUAUAUAACAACAAUUGUAACGUUUAAUAUUGCAUAUGAAAAAAAACUUUCAUUGAAUAAAUACGAAAAAAAACUCUCUUACUUCCGUUUAACGUAAGAGGAAACGGAUAUGCUUGUUACCUAGUCAUUGUACGUAACAAAUAUAAAUAUAAAAAGGUGUCAUAACACAAACAAACUAACACUUCAACAAUAUACAUGUGUGGCUUAGAUUUUAAAACUAAUACCUCUAAUAUCAACUAAUAAAUCUUCAAGUUAAGCACAAACACAAAAUAAAACAGCAAGCACACUUCCGCUUUCAACACUCCAACACACACACACAACAACUACUGUGUUUUAAAACGGAAAUGCAUAUAAAGUGCAAUUCGUAACAAUGGAAAUCGAUGUUAAUCUACGUAAGCCAACAACGGCAAAUGGUUUAGAGCUCAAGACCAUCUCAGCUGGAAGUUAUAGUGAUAACAAUGGUCACAGCAAUCUACACAGCCAUCUACACAACAAUAACAAUAGCAUUAAUAAUCAUCAACAACAACAGCAACAACGGCGCAGCAGUAGCAGCAGCAACAAUAUAACCACAUCAUCAGAACCAUUGUCCAGUCCACCAUUUGGUUGUUGCGGCAUAUUAAGUCGUCUCUUAUGCAGCAGUCAUACACGUGCUAAGACCGGCACUUCUAGUGGUGAUUAUAAUACUUACAACAAUUGUGGCACAAUGUCGCCUGCAACACAUGCGAAUGGCAACAGUGGUUAUGCAACGGCAGCAGCUAAUGCAGUCACUGCAACGCCCCAUCAUAACUCUUCCUAUAUGAAUCUGUUGAAAAAGAAUCAUACACAUCGUCGCACACCCCAAGAGAUUUAUUUCGAGAGUCGUGGUAAAUCUUGCAAGAAAUUAUUGAAAUUCAAUGGAAACUCCAAUAAGAUAUUACUUUAUCCCGAAGAGGGUUGGGCACGUACAGCAUCCUCCUCAUAUUGGACUAUAACGCCCUGUUGGUGGCAACCCAAUCGUUGUCGUAUUGAAGAAUUUGCGGGCACUCAACGUCAGGUUACCAAAGCCAAAAUGGUGCCACUUGAACAGAAAGGUUCUCUACUAAUCGUUGGUCAUUUUCGCAGUAAAAAUUCAUCAUCAUCUGCCUCAACAGCAUCCUCGAUGUCGGCAGCAGCAUCAACAACAUCUGCCGCUUCAACAACAACAACAUCGACAACCACAACAUUGUGCUCGCCACUGGCAUCAUCAUCGUCAAAGGAUAAUGAUGAAUUUAAAUUGUAUUUAAGUUCAAACAUUUCGAUGGAAGACUAUAAUAUGGGUUACUGUCUGACGGGUUUCGUUGAGCGACGAUGUCAGCAAACGAAUACAUUUCAAAUGACACAUUUUGCUGUCAUUAAACGUCAAUGGCCGUCCUUAGCGCAAAAUAAUAAAAGCACUAAAACGAACAGCGGCAGCAGCAGUAGUUGGUCGACCAGCUGCAGUGGUGGUGGGGGCAAUGCUGCUGAAAAGUCAACGUAA